AUGGUUGGCGCGAGGUGGCUGUGUCUGGCAGCGGCGCUGGCGAGCCUCGGCGCCGACACGCCGCCGCCGCUGCGCUACGAGGCGCCCGACGACUGCCAGUGGUGGGUCCGCGACGGCGCAGCCGCCGGCGGCUCGGGCGACGAGGUGGCGCUCACCUGCAAGCUGCGCACCAUCAACAGCGAGUUCGACACCACCAACUUCAGCGUGAUCCCGUCCGAGCACACGACGUCGCUGCGCGUGGCCUGCAACGAGGACAUGAUGUCGCGCAGCUCGCUGGACGACCGCAGCUUCGCGCACCUGUCGCGGCUGCGCGAGCUGGUGCUGGACCACUGCAAGCUGGCGCGCUGGCCGGCGGGCGUGCUGACGGGGCUGCGCGACCUGCGCAACCUCACCGUGCGCACCCGCAACACCGACUGGCCCGCCAUGAGCCUCGAGAUCUCGCCCGAGAGCUUCGCGCCCGUGCGCCAGCUCGAGCGCCUCGACCUCAGCUACAACAACAUCUGGAGCUUCCCCGCGGGCAUCUUCUGCGCGCUCACCAACCUCGUGUCGCUCAACGCCAGCCGCAACCGCCUGCAGGACAUCAGCGAGAUGGGCUUCCGCGAGAAGGCGGCGCCGCCGCAGAGGCUGGUCAGCACGCAGGACGAGGCGCCGGGCCACGAGCCGCCGUCGCCGUCCGUGUCCUCCGCCUGCAGCCUGGACGUGCAGCUGCUCGACGCGUCCUUCAACCACUUCGUGCUCAUGCCGACCAACGGCUUCAGCGCGCUGAGGCGGCUGCGCGAGCUCUACCUGCACGGCAACGAGAUCUCCAUGGUGGGCGACCGGGCGCUGGGCGGGCUCAAGGACCUCCAGGUAUUCGACAUCUCCGACAACAAGGUGGUGGCACUGCCUCCGGAGCUGUUCAAAGACUGCGCCCCCGUCAUCAAGGAGAUAUACCUGCAGAACAACUCGAUCAGCAUGUUGGCGCCGAGCCUCUUCGCGAGUCUCGACCAUCUCAUGGCGCUCGACCUGUCCAGAAACCACUUAACUAGUGCGUGGGUCAACAGCGGAACGUUCUCCGGCCUCAUACGGUUGGUGCUUCUUAACCUUUCUCACAACAGAAUCACGAAACUCGAUCCGGCAUUCUUCAAAGAUUUGUAUACCCUGCAGAUACUCAACCUCGAGCACAAUCAGAUAGAAACUAUUCCAGCAGACACAUUCGCGCCGAUGAACAACCUCCACACCCUAAUAUUGUCCUACAACAAGCUCAAGUACCUAGAAGGUUAUUCCAUGAAUGGCCUGUUUGCACUGAGUUUGCUGUCGCUGGACAACAACCUGCUGGAAAGGGUCCAUCCAGAGGCUUUCAAGAACUGCAGCAUCUUGCAAGAUUUGAACUUAAAUGGAAACGCUCUGACUUCAGUCCCAGUUGCUCUGAGAAACAUGCAGUUACUGCGGACUGUCGACCUGGGGGAAAAUGCCAUCACUGAUUUGCACAACCCUGGGUUUGCUGGCAUGAAUAAUUUGUAUGGCCUGCGUUUGAUAGGUAAUCAGAUCACAAAUCUAACGAAGAACAUGUUCGCCAACCUGCCAUCUUUACAGAUUCUAAAUCUAGCUAGAAAUCAGAUAGAGAAAGUAGAUCGAGGUGCAUUUGAUGCCAACAAGAAUCUGCAAGCAAUUCGGCUGGACGCGAAUCUCUUGACCGACAUUCAAGGUUUGUUUGAAGGCGUGGGUAGUUUGCUUUGGCUCAACGUCUCCGAUAACCAGCUUGAUGUAUUUGACUAUUCGUUGGUUCCUUCUGGACUGCAGUGGCUCGAUCUCCACAAAAACAACAUCCAAGACCUCGGCAAUAGGAAAGAACUCGAUGCCGAACUCAAGAUGGAAACACUAGAUGCAAGCUUUAACAGGCUGACGAGAAUUUCGGCGACAAACAUACCCAACAGUGUAGAGCUCUUGUUCCUGAACGACAACCUUAUUCAUACUGUGGAGCCGCACACAUUCCUCAAGAAAACCAACCUCACGAGGGUUGAUUUGUACGCGAACCAAAUCGUUAGCAUGGACCUUAAUGCCCUCGGCCUAACUACAGUGGAGCAAGACAGGCCCCUACCGAACUUCUACAUCGGUGGGAAUCCUUUCCAGUGCGACUGUACGAUGGAGUGGCUCCAGAGGAUAAACAAGCUAAACCGCUUGCGGCAGCACCCUAAUGUCAUGGACCUCGAGAGCAUUUACUGUAAGCUACUGUACAACAGACAUCGCACGUAUGUUCCUCUCAUUGAGGCUGAGCCUUCCGACUUUCUCUGCACCUACAAGACACACUGCUUCGCCCUGUGCCACUGCUGUGUGUUCGAUGCUUGCGACUGCGAGAUGACAUGCCCCACGAACUGCACCUGCUAUCACGACCAGUCGUGGUCGGCCAACAUCGUCGAGUGCUCGAACGUCGAAUACAACAGCAUGCCUAGCCGCAUCCCCAUGGACGCCACGGAGGUCUACCUCGACGGCAACAGUUUCGGCGAGCUCUCCAGUCACUCGUUCAUCGGACGAAAAAAUCUUAAAGUCUUGUACGCCAACAACUCCAACAUCGCCGCCAUAUACAACCACACCUUCAGCGGCCUCCGGAGGCUUACAAUACUGCACCUCGAGAACAACCGCAUUCGACGGCUGAACGGUUUCGAGCUCCAGUCGCUGGAGAAUCUUCGAGAGCUGUAUCUGCAAGGAAACAGGAUCAGCUACAUCGACAACAGGACGUUCGUCCACCUGCAGCAGCUGGAGGUCCUGAGGAUAGACGGCAACAAGCUGUACAGCUUCCCAGUGUGGCAGCUGUCGCUGAACCCAUACCUGGUGGAGAUCGGGCUGGGCGACAACCAGUGGACGUGCGACUGCGGCUUCCUGCGGACGCUCCGCGCGUGGCUGCAGAGCAACCUGGUGAAGGUGGUGGACGCCAAGCGCGUGGCCUGCGUGUUCGACAACGUCACGAACAUGUCCGGCCCGCCGCUCGCCGAGGUGAACUCGAGCUCUUGCGCCGCGUUCACGGGCGGCGCGCGCGCCGUGGUCGAGAGCCAGGUCAUCGACGACUACCUCCCCUUGCUGGCGGCCACCCUCAGCGUGUUCGCGGCGUCGGCGGCGCUCGUCUGCUGCGGCUUCUACUACCGCCGCGAGCUGCGCGUGUGGGUGCACGCCCGCUGCGGCCUGCGCAUGUGCUACAAGACCACGGCGUUCGAGGACGAGCAGGACCGCGACCGCCUGUUCGACGCCUACAUCAGCUACAGCGUCAAGGACGACGCCUUCGUGGCGCAGGUCCUGGCGCCGGGGCUGGAGCGCGGCGAACCGCGCUACCGGCUGUGCCUGCACUACCGCGACUUCAACGUGAGCGCGUACGUGGCCGACACCAUCGUCGAGGCGGCCGAGUCGUCGCGGCGCACCGUCGUCGUGCUGUCGCGCAACUUCCUGCAGUCCGAGUGGUGCCGCUUCGAGUUCAAGUCGGCGCUGCACGAGGUGCUCAAGGACCGCCGGCGGAGGCUCAUCGUCGUGCUGCUGGGCGACGUGCCGCAGAAGGACCUGGACCCGGACCUGCGGCUGUACCUCAAGACCAACACCUGCAUCGAGUGGGGGGACCGCCUGUUCUGGCAGAAGCUGCGGUUCGCCAUGCCGGACGCGCGCAAGGACCCUCUGCGGCGGCGACGCCGGCCCCCGGCGCCGCCGCCCGGCAACCCCCCUCGCAGCUCGGGCGCGACGCCGCCCCCGCCGCCGCCGCAGGGCAAGAUGCCGCCGUUCCUGCCGCCCCCGCACCACCACCAUCACCACCACCACCACGGCCACCGCGUCCAGAACGGCCAGCAGACUGUCGACAGGGAGACGCCUCGAAGACUGCCGCAGCCUCUGUGGGCGUAG